UUCCUCGCAUGUGUGCUGUUGUUUCAGGAGGCGAUCAUGGACAGCACGGAGAUCGCCGUGUCUCCCAGAAGCCUCCACAGCGAGCUGAUGUGCCCCAUCUGUCUGGACAUGCUGAAGAACACCAUGACCACCAAAGAGUGUCUGCAUCGCUUCUGCUCCGAGUGCAUCGUCACCGCGCUUCGAUCGGGGAAUAAAGAGUGUCCCACCUGCAGGAAGAAGCUGGUGUCCAAGCGCUCUCUACGUGCCGACCCCAACUUCGACGCACUGAUCUCGAAGAUGUACCCGAGCCGUGACGAGUACGAGGCGCACCAGGACAAGGUUCUGGAGCAGCUGAGUCUCCUGCACAACAAAGAGGCUCUGAGCAGCAGCAUCGAGCAGGGGCUGCGCAUGCAGGCCAGACACAGAGCUCAGCGCGUGCGUAAGCUGCAUCCGGAGAGUGAGACCGCUACAGUCAGCGGUGGUGAGGACAACGGUGACGCUCGCUCACACAUCUCACAUGACUCUGCUCCAGCGAGCUGCGCCGCAGAGGCCGGACCCAGCCGCCGUAACCCAGCGCACCUGUCAGACGACUCUGGACCUGAGGCUUUGGGAGAGAGCCGCACUCCUCCUCGACACGGCCCCGGCUCAGAGAUUGAGCUCGUGUUUUGCCCACAUCCCCUGCUGGUCGACAACCAACAGUGCAGCCAGACGAGAUACGUCAAAACAACAGCCAGCGCCACGGUGGACCACCUGUCGAAGUACCUGGCUCUGCGCCUGGCUCUGGAGGAGGGUGCGAGCGUGGAGGGAGAGCCGGGAGCCCUGCAGGACAUCAGCGAGAAACAGUUCAGCAUCUACAUCAGCACAGCAGCGGGACAGUUCUCCACACUGAACGGCUCUCUGACGCUUGAGCUGGUGAACCAGAAGUUCUGGAAGCUCUGCAAGCCUCUGGAGCUCUUCUACGCUCCUACAGACCAGAACCAGAUGCCUCGACUGGGACAGAUGGACGGAAGCCAAGGGGAGGCAUCGCUAACCUAAAGGACAACGACGGCCUCUUUCUGCAGAAACCCACUGAAGGACUGCAGAGAUCAGUGCUGCUCAUCCACUUAAUCUUAUGUACAGUAGCUCCAACAGUAAAGCCGAGCCAUUAACUGUGUGUUUGUGGAAAAUAAGGGCCUGCUCCUAUUCCCACACGGAGAGCACAUGUAUGUGACGGCAAGAGAGCACAAGACGGUCCAGGCUCUGAAUACUGCCUCGACACACUGCUUCUCUAAUACUGUGAUAUCCGAGACCGAGUGCAUCCCAUCAUUCAUAUUCAGGAGUUUGCAUACCCUGAAAUCAACGAGAGGCUUUCCAGUCAAAGUAUAAUUAAUUAGCGAUUAUAAUUUAGUGAUAAAAUGAUGACUGUAUAUUUCGUAAAACAAUUGUAACUGCUCUUUAUCACUAUUAAAUUGUGUUGUCUGUCACAGACUGAACAGACAUUUCUAAGCUUAUUUUAAAGUGUAAAGUGUUGAAAAUCUCAAUGUGUUAAUAAAGCUGUCGUAAAUGUGUCCCAUCAGGUCACAGAUGUUCUCCACACCUUCAUGUAAAUAGACAAGUAGUGCGUAUAGACUGCACCUGUGGGGUUUGGGACAGGCCCUAAAUUCAGCAAGUCCCCUGCAGCGUUGUGUGCUGGUGAAAUACCUUGUUUAAAGAUUCAAGAGGAGUAAAGAAAACUCCCUUUGGCCAGAGUCUGUAGAUCUAUGGAUUCUUAGUAGCAGCCAUGCUUUUGUGUCCUUUUCUGUUCUUGUUCAUUUAUAAUUUCAUUCAUUCAAUGAUUUAAAUGCUUGUUUUCACCAUCACUUCUUCACUUGUCUCCUGCCUCUUGGGUUGAUAGAUGAGUUUCGGAUACCAGACCACGCAGGAUGGAUGGAUCUGAUGGAUGACGGUUUACGAUAGUCAAACUGAUUUAAUAUGGUCUGUUUUAAAUGGAAGUGACUGCAAUAAUAUGAUUACAAUAAUCAUGAGACUUAAUUGGUUAUUUUAAUCUAUUAACCCUAAUAUUAAGGUUAUAACAUACCCUAGGCUCUGGUCAGAAAUGACAGAUACAGAGCAACAGACACCUUCAUGAUGGGUUUUUUUCUUUUUAAAGGUGGCCAUAUUUGUGGAUCUGAAUUGAAUGGAAGCUUGUUUCAACCACAAAAUAAAAACGAAGGGAAUUGCAACUUUUUUCCCCCCUCACAAUUAUGAGAAUAAAAGUCCCAAUUACAAUCACAAUUAAGUUAUUUUGUUUCGGUAACAAAAUACACAUAUCUGAGAAAAAGGUCAGGAUUUUGAGAUUAAAGUCACAAGCAAGGUGGAAACAAGCUUUCAUAGAAUUGAAGUCAGAGGAACAGAAAUUAUCAGCAUUCAAGGGAAAAACUGGAUGUAGUGGUUAAAAUGGUUAUUUCAUUACUUUCCUAAUUAGUUUUUGUACAUUCACCCAUGCCUUGAAAAACUGCCUUACUGCAUCUUUUUCAUUAAUAAAGAUGGACACAUUUAUACUGGACUAUGA